CAUUAUCCAGUGAUGUGACAGUUUGACUCAGACUCCAGUGAGAGGGAGGAUGUGAGGGAAGAAGGAGCUGGUCUGCGGUCAGUCUGCUGCGGUGCACUACAACUUCGGUUUGGAAAAUUCCACAGCGAUGCCUGUCACACUCCGCUGCUGCUGCGCGUUGUAGCACUUGGAUUACUCCUGCUCCUGCGGCGGGGGGUUGUAGGAAGAUCAAUUCAUUCACCUGGAUUCAGUGUCCGUGGAGGUGAAGAGUGGUUUUGUUUUUGGGAAGCUGGUUUUUGCAACGAGCAGAAGUUGCAGAAGCGAGUGCGCACUCUGGUCUGGGAGUGACUGGAGACGCACACUGGUCUGGGAGUGACUGGAGACGCACACGUGCACGGACUCCUUCUGGAUUUCAAGUGUGAAGUGUUUGUUUUUCUCCCAGGACGAUAUAAACAUGUCUCUGAGCAGGAGCAUCGAGUUCGAGCACUUCGAGGAGAAGAUGCAGCGGACGCCCAGGAACAUCUCGGGCCCCGGGUCCGCGCAUCCUGGCUCCAGGGGAAACGGAGCGGUCCCCAGCCCGGCGCACAGCGCGCACUGCAGCUUCUACCGCACGCGCACCCUGCAGUCACUCACCUCCGAGAAGAAAGCCAAGAAAGUGCGAUUCUACCGCAACGGGGACAAGUAUUUCAAAGGGCUGGUGUACGCCGUGUCCAACGACCGGUUCCGGUCCCUGGACGCGCUGCUCAUGGAGCUCACCCGGUCCCUGUCGGACAACGUCAACCUGCCCCAGGGGGUCCGGAGCCUGUACGUGCUGGACGGGGGCAGGAGGAUCAGCAGCCUGGAGGAGUUAGUGGAGGGUGAGAGUUACGUGUGCGCCUCCAACGAGCCCUUCCGACGUGUGGACUACGCCAAGAACGUCAACCCCAACUGGUCGGUGGGCUGCAAGACCGGCACCUCGCGCUCCCUCUCCUCCCUCAUGCAGCUGGUGCAGCGCGAGUCCAAGGACUUCAUCAAGCCCAAGCUCGUCACCGUGAUCCGCAGCGGAGUCAAACCGCGCAAGGCCGUUCGGAUCCUGCUCAACAAGAAGACGGCGCACUCCUUCGAUCAGGUGCUCACCGACAUCACCGAGGCCAUCAAGUUGGACUCUGGAGCCGUGAGGAGGCUGUACACGCUGGAGGGCAAGCAGCUCACCUGCCUGCAGGACUUCUUCGGGGACGAUGACGUGUUCAUCGCGUGCGGCCCGGAGAAGCACCGCUACGCCCAGGACGACUUUGUGUUGGAUCACAGUGGUAAGGCUUCCACAGCCUUUAUGACUGAAUGCAGAGUGCUGAAGUCAUCGUACGGCCGCUCUGCGACUCCCAGCCGAUCGGCUAAGAGCCCCGGACCUUCACGACGCAGCAAAUCCCCCGGAGCAGUGAGACGAGCCGUCCACUACUCCACCAGUCAGUCUCCCAUCAAGUCCCCAGUAAACGGCGUCUCGAGCAGCCAGAUCUCCACCAAGUCCACCAAGUCCUCCACCCCGUCUCCCACCAGCCCCCGACCCGUCCCCAGCUUCACGAUCCCUCCAUCACUUCACAGCUCCUCGACUAAUGUCAACGGCUCAAUGCACAACCACCAAGAGCAAAGCAGCCAACUGAGUCCAGAGGUUAACGGCAACCGCUGCCCCCCCGCCGCCCCCAUUUUGGAAAAAUACGAAGUUGGGAAGGUCAUCGGAGACGGCAACUUCGCCGUGGUGAAGGAGUGUGUGGAGAGGUCCACAGGAAAAGAGUUUGCACUGAAGAUCAUCGACAAGGCCAAGUGCAGCGGAAAGGAGCACCUCAUCGAGAACGAGGUGGCCGUGCUGCGGAGGGUGAAGCACCCCAACAUCAUCAUGCUGGUGGAGGAGGUGGACACCGCCUCGGAGCUCUACCUGGUCAUGGAGCUGGUCAAGGGAGGAGAUUUGUUUGACGCCAUCACCUCCUCGACCAAAUACACGGAGAGAGACGGCAGCAUCAUGAUCUACAACCUGGCUGGAGCUCUGAAGUAUCUGCACAGCAUGAACAUCGUCCACAGGGACAUCAAACCAGAGAACCUGCUGGUGUUUGAAUACCCAGAUGGCACCAAGUCCCUGAAGCUGGGGGACUUCGGCCUGGCCACGGUGGUGGAGGGGCCCCUGAACACCGUGUGUGGCACUCCCACCUAUGUGGCCCCAGAGAUCAUCUCAGAGUCCGGUUACGGUCUGAAGGUGGAUAUCUGGGCUGCAGGCGUCAUCACCUACAUCCUCCUCUGUGGGUUUCCUCCGUUCAGAAGUGAGAGUAACUUACAAGAGGAGCUGUUUGACCAGAUCCUCCAGGGACGACUGGACUUUCCCAGUCCUUACUGGGACAACAUCACCGACUCAGCUAAGGAGCUGAUUGGGAAAAUGCUGCAGGUCAACGUCGAGGCUCGAUACACAGCACAAGACGUCCUCUCCCACCCAUGGGUCACGGACGAUGCCGUCAUGGAGAACAACAUGAAGAUGGAGGUGACAGGUAAACUGAAGACGCACUUUAACACGGCGCCGAAGCACAACAACACAACAGCUGGUGUGUCCAUCAUCAUGGUGAGAACACACACACACACAUUCUGAAUGAGUUUCUCAGUGUUUCCUUGUUUACAGCGAGCGACAGAAAGUGUUUGACCCAAAUAGAAAAGAUUGAGCUUCUUCUCUUUCACUGGUGAAGAAGCCGAUCUGACCUCAAUCCUCAUUAAACACAAGUUAGAAUCAACUUCACUCCACCGUGAACAUGAGUCGGAGAUCUUAGCCCCGAUGGAAACACGGAGCAGUGGAGAAGUCGUUCCUCUGCUGGUCACAUCCUUCAAUUCUGUCUGUUCCAAAUUCCUGUUUGCAUCACUUCCUGUUUGCAUCACUUCC